GGCUUCCAGAGGAAAAUUUCCAUGCUUGGAGCUUCGGCCAAUAAUGUGGACGUCGAUGCUUGAGCUCUAGGUUUUCUGAGCCGUCUCGCCCCUCCCAAAAUUUUGUUUCUCCCGUCGCCCAGGCCCAACGUCGACAGCGCCCCCGAUCUCUGUGGCACGCAUACCCUGAAGCAGCGCACCGCACCCGUCGCAUCUUGUACAUAGUCGUAUCCGCACACAACCCCUUGCCAAGAUGAUGUCACUACGCAACCUGGCCCGCUCGGCGCCGCGCGCGCUUGCCCGCGCCUCGUCGGCCGCCAUCUACAGGCCGGCGGCCUCGGGCUCCCUCCUGACCAAGACCAGCACCCCCUUCGCCUCGGCGCUGAGGACAGCCAGGCAACCGGCCGCCUUCUCGACCUCGGCGCUGAGGAGGGCGGCGGCCGGCGAGGUGGAGAAGGAGCUGGUGGCCAAGCUUGAGAGCGAGAUCGAGUUCGAGGCCCAGGUCAAGGAGAGCGAGGAGGAGCCGGCCAGCAUCAAGGACUUCCUCGAGAACGGGCCCUUUAAGCUUGAGGACACUCCCGGCAAGGAGAAGGUUGUCCUGACCCGCAACUACGGCAAUGAGAAGAUCACCGUCUCCUUCUCCAUCGCCGACCUUGCCACGUUCGACCAGGACCAGAACAUGUUCGAGGAGGAGGACCCCGCGCUCGCGGACGAAGGCGAGGAGGCCGAGAGCAAGCAGCAGCAGGAGGUGGAGGAGGGCGGCGAGGAGGAAUUCGAGACGCCGCAGGAGUCGGCCAUCACGUGCCACCUGACGGUGGUGAUCGAGAAGCCCAACAACGGCGCGCUCGAGAUCGAGGCGGAUGCGCACGGCGGGCAGAUCAUGGUCAGCAAUGUCUUCUACCACAAGGAGGCGGCCCAGGCGUACGCCGAGUCGGCCGAGAUCGAGCACAAGGCCCAGGACGUCUACCCGGGCCCCUCGUUCGGCACCCUGGACGAGCAGCUGCAGGUGCAGCUGGAGCAGUACCUGAACGAGCGCGGCGUCAACUCGGCCCUGGCCGUCUUUGUGCCCGACUACAUGGACGUCAAGGAGCAGAGGGAGUACCUCACCUGGCUGAAGAACAUCAAGGGUUUCGUCGAGGCUUAGAGGAUGCGCUCCGAGAUUAUGGGUGAAGGCGCUGGAGCUUGAUGAGACCAGGAUAUUUUCGGCCGUGUUAUUUUCCACUCGAUUGUAGAUCUUUUUCGUUUAUGUUGUCAUGACGGUCGAAGUGUACGAUGAAGAAGAAACCCGAAGAAAAAAAGAUCAAAUUUAGUAUAAAAAAACCCCCAAAAAAACCCCCCAAAAAAAACCCCUGUCUCCUUUGCGCGAAA